UCUUUGGUCUGACGUUUGUCUGCCCGGUGUUAUUGUGUAAGUCAUGGACGGUGGAGUUGAAAGGUGUGAGUUUAUAACAGCAAGGACAUACAGCAAACGCAGACGUUUAAAUGUUUAGCAGCGCUAACGUUCAUCUGAGAGGAUAACUACUCAAGGGCGCGCUCGAAAGACGACAUUUAAAACAGGUAUUCUUUGUGUGGCUCCACCAUCAUCAUCAUGGUAGAGAUGAAGAGUUAUUGUGAAGCAGGGGUUUCCAUGCAGCAGGUCUGGGUGGAGGGCGGCCUGACUCUUUGCUUCUACUUCACCCUGGUGCCGUCCGUCCUCCUCACCCUCUCCUUCCUUUUCGGCACCUUUGUGUGUAUAUGCUACCGCCGCUACGGCACAGACAUGGAGCCCAAGUUCAUCCCUCGCUCUCGACUCUACCGGCUCCAGGUGAGCCUGUCAGUGCUGCUCGUCCUGCAGGCUCUGGGCUGGAUGGUGUUUCGAAUCGCUCGGAGUGGAGAGCUGCCGGGAUAUGUGGUCGUGUACGGCUGUCUCUCCAUGCUAGGGUGGAUUUGGGCCGUGGCCCUGCUGCAUCUGGAGAGGAGGAGGGUUCUGGUGCGGGACAGAACCAGAGGACACAGUACGGUACUGUUGCUGUACUGGGCUGUGGCGUUUGCGGCCGAAAACCUGGCGUUUGUGUCAUGGAUGAGUCCUCAGUGGUGGUGGACUCUGGAAACGUCCGAUCAACAGAUGGAGUUUGGGUUCUGGCUGGUGCGGUACUUCAGCUCAGGUUUGCUGUUCCUGUUAGGCCUCAAAGCUCCAGGCUUGCCACGCCGACCCUACAUGCUUCUGGUCAAUGAAGACGAGCGAGAUGUGGAGCAUGGAGCACCUCUCUUGGGCAAUUCUAAUGAGAAUCAGUCUACGUGGAAAGACUUUGGGAAGAAGGUGCGUCUGUUAGUGCCAUACAUGUGGCCUAAAGGCAGCGUCCUGCUCCAGAUGCUGGUGCUGCUUUGUCUCGGGAUGCUGGGAGUGGAGCGCGUCAUUAAUGUGUUUGUACCCAUCUACUACAAGAACAUAGUGAACCAGCUGACAGAUGGAAGCUCUUGGAAGACUUUGGCGACGACAGUGUGUGUUUAUGCGCUCCUGAAGUUCCUGCAGGGAGGUGGAGCCGGUGCAUCUGGGUUUGUAAGUAACAUGCGUUCGUUUCUGUGGAUUCGAGUGCAGCAGUACACAAACCGCGUGGUCCAGGUGCGUCUCUUUGCUCAUUUGCACUCCCUGUCUCUGCGCUGGCACCUGGGCCGCCGCACAGGGGACGUCCUGAGAAGCAUUGACAGAGGAACUUCAUCCAUCAACAGCCUGCUUAGUUACAUCGUGUUCAGCAUCUUCCCCACUAUUGCUGACAUUGUCAUCGCCAUCGUCUAUUUCAUAUCCAAUUUCAAUGCCUGGUUUGGCCUCAUUGUCUUCGUUUGCAUGGCCCUCUACCUCACUCUCACUAUUGUUAUCACUGAAUGGAGAACCAAGUACAGACGAGAUAUGAACACACAAGAUAACAAUGCCAAAUCGAAAGCUGUGGACUCAUUAUUGAACUUUGAGACGGUGAAAUAUUACAAUGCAGAGAGUUAUGAAGUAGGUCGCUUUGAGGAUGCCAUCUUAAAAUAUCAGGUAUCGGAGUGGAAGACCAAUGCGUCUCUGGCGCUCUUAAAUCAAACACAGAACCUCAUCAUCGGCUUGGGUCUUCUGAGCGGAUCUCUGCUCUGUGCAUAUUUCGUGACAGAGGGAAAGUUUCAGGUAGGCGAUUAUGUGCUGUUUGGGACGUACAUCAUCCAGCUCUACACUCCUCUCAACUGGUUUGGCACAUACUACAGAAUGAUCCAGAACUCCUUUAUCGACAUGGAAAGCAUGUUCAAGCUCUUCACUGAGGAAGAGGAGGUGAAGGAUGAGGUCAACGCAGGAAACCUCAACUACAGACAAGGAAAAGUAGAGUUUGAGAAUGUCUUCUUCAGCUACACGCAGGGCAAGGAGAUUCUAAAAGACGUCUCUUUUACUGUACUUCCCGGACAAACAGUUGCACUUGUCGGACAGUCUGGAUCAGGAAAGAGCACCAUCAUCCGUCUGCUUUUCCGUUUUUAUGACGUUCAGGGUGGGUGUGUGAAAAUAGAUGGCCAAGACAUCUCAAAGGUGAAGCAGUCUUCUCUGCGUGCUCACAUUGGCGUCGUACCUCAAGAUACCGUCCUGUUUAAUGACAACAUUCGAGACAACAUCCGCUACGGUCGAGUUACUGCUUCUGAUCAGGAGGUGGAGGAGGCUGCCAUCGCGGCUGACAUCCAUGACAAAAUCAUAACCUUCCCGGAGGGCUAUGAAACUCAGGUGGGUGAGAGGGGGCUAAAGUUGAGCGGAGGAGAGAAGCAGAGAGUCGCCAUCGCUCGCACCAUCCUCAAAGCACCACAGAUCAUCCUCCUCGACGAGGCCACAUCUGCUUUAGACACACAGACCGAGCGAAAUAUUCAGGCCUCGCUGGCUAAAGUCUGCGCCAACAGAACCACCAUUGUGGUGGCACACAGAUUGUCAACUGUCAUUGGAGCCGAUGUGAUUCUUGUCCUUCGUGAUGGACAGAUUGUGGAGAGAGGAAGGCAUGAGGAGCUGUUGGCGAAGGGAGGCCUGUACUCAGACAUGUGGCUGAAACAGCAGCAGGCACAAGACUCAGACUCGGCCUCUGACACCGAGACCAAGGACAGGAAAUCUGAGAAACUACAGCCACAAACAUCCACUGCUGGACACAAGGGACAUUAGACACAUCAGAUCUGCUUUUGUGUGCAUUUUAAGCUCGUCCAAAGCUGUUUUGGCAUGAAUGAUAAUUAUUUAGUAUCAUAUUGUUUUCAGCAGUUCUUAUAAGUGGCACAUAUUGCAUAUAAGAAUUUAUUAUUUUUUUGUAAGAUAUUUAAGUCCUUUUUUAUACUCCUUUGCAAUUACUUCCCACUCAUUUCCCUCAAAGUGCAUUUAUAACGAUAAUUUAUAUGGGCGUAAAUAAGAGAAGACUGACGGACGUGUUAUUGUGCAUUGGAUAAAAUAAUGCUCUGACAAUUAUGGAUCCUUCCACUACUAAUUAAUUAUGUUGAAUGUAUAGCAGGUUUAUUUUUAUCCGUUGUUUAAGUGGAUUUCUCUGGUUGAAUUCAUUUUCUGAUGCUUCCAAUUUGCUGUUCUUUGUCAAAGCAAACAUUCGGAAACUGAUCUGGUGCCAUUGUGUAACAGUAAAAUACCGAUGUAUGAAUUUCUGUACAGGCUAAGAUUAUGUUUAAGGUUAUAGGAACAGGGUAUUAUUUCGUCAAUCAGUUUUAAUGCUAAUUUCUGAUAUGUUAUGUGCACUGUUAUCUGACUUUUUUACUUUAUUAUCUUGUGUGUGGUUGUUAUGCUGUGUGCGUGGUGAUAUUUAUUGCUUAGAUGCAAUAGAUGGCUGUACUGUACAACUUCAGUUUAUUUAAAGGGACAAAGGAGCUCUCUCGCUUUAUAGGACUGACACUAAACUCAGGGGACAAGGUUGAAAUGAGCCAUUGGGGUGUGUAUUUGCUGUACUAUGUAGAUUUCCAGACAAAGACGCAUUGUAGUAGUUUUUAAUUAUUGUUCAAAGAGCGGGUGGAGAAAUAGCAACUGACAAAAUUUGCCUUGGAUAAAAUAACUCAGUCGUAACAGGAUGGAUAAAGUCUGUUAAGAUUUUUUUGUAUGUAUGUUAUUGUAUAAUAAAGGCAAAGAAGGUCAUAUGUGUAUAAUAAUAUGUUCUUUCUGAUUAUUGAUCACAUAGUUAAUAUUGUAUGUACAUUCAAAUGCCAUAGGUAUUUUAAAAUAAAUAUCACUAAAAUGAUAAUAAAAAGCAAUAUUUUGUUUAUUA